CCAGCGUCAUGCCUCCACGUUUUUUCGAUCUACAUCUCGUGACAAUAUCCUCCAUCAAAACACCUGACUCUAAACCUCGCUCGUCGUCACCCUACCGUCAUGAUGUUCGCCAAUAUGUGGCAAUCGAUCUCCAACUGGGCUAGCGAUAUCAUCGAGUCAUUGCCGACCGCUGACUCGGAAGAGCCAAUCAUCUCUCAAACCCUCGACUAUCCUCUCGAUCCUUUGGCCCUUCCUGACCCACCCGAUGUUCGGAGGUUGCUUACCCUAGCAGCAGUACCUAUUGAAAUUGCGACCCAUUAUGAGAAGUCCUUCAAUGAAUUAAUCUAUGAGUUGAGCGAAUAUGUGAAAGCAAAAUACGAGGACGCGGUGAUGAAGAUUCACAAGCGAGCUUCUUUCGACAUAUCCGUGCAGCCCUGCUAUUUCCGGGCCUUGCGCAAUGGUCUCAUCGUCUACUACAACGAUAGCGUGCAGCAAGCAUUGCUUAGCCUUAAGUCGCGGCUGGCUACCCUCGAAUCACAUCCGAAGAUAUCAUCCUCCUUGCCCUCUGUAUCGUCACCCAAUUCAAGCGGCUCAGAAUCUCAUCAAAACCGCCGUGGUCGACCAUUUGUCUUCUCGAAAGACCAAACAGCUGUUUUGAGGGCUCUACUGGUUCACGAUGACCAAUUCUCCAAUGAAGAAAAAGAACUAAUUGCUCAAACUUUGAAUCUCACCCGAGCACAAGUGAAUCGAUGGUUUUGUAACGCACGCGCUCGCGGUGGACGAAAGAAACCUUACGAGAAACCGAUUCCUCGAGCUCAACGGCAGAACUUGGGCAAAUAUGUAUCAGAUGUGUGCCAAAACCAACGACGUAACAGCUCUCUAUCAUCCAGUGAAAGUUCUAGGUGUUCACGUUAUUCCUCAUCUGAUGACGAUGUUGAGAUGUGGCCAUGUACUGCUUUGCAAAACUCCGAUACAGAUGAUUCACCAUAUCUAACUACUGAAGCCGAUCCUUCCGAAAACAUCAUUCCCAUGGCUCAGCUUUACUCUCAAAUGUUAUCAGCGUGCGACGAUACAAGUCCAACAAAUCAAACAACGGAGAUGGAUACUAACCUACCGUCCUCAAACUUUUCAUUCUCAGAAUCUACCUCAUCCCUGAAUGAAUUCUUGCUGCCAAAUGACCUCUCAUCCCUCUUCACCGACCCAGAUCCAUUCAAUCUCAAUACAUUACCAGAUGAUGGUUUCGCUCAAUCUCUCUCAUUACCAUCAAGUCAUUCAGAAGAAUCUUGGAAAUUUUCAUAG